AUGGCGCAAGCUCCUAAAGCUAAGGCAACCGGCAGCAACUUUUCUUCGAUCCGAAUUCAUAAUGGUAAAGACACGCUUUUCUGGUUUGAUAAUUGGUUGGAUUUGGGCAGAUUGAUUGACAUUGCAGGAGAUUCUGGCACUCUUGUCAUGGGGAUUCAGCGCUAUGCAACGGUUGCGUCUGCAGUCUCGUCUGGACGGUGGAACUUGAGACGAUGUCGUAGCAGUCACCUACGGGCGAUGAUUGCUCGCAUCAACUCAGCACCACCACCGGUAGAGGAGGCAGAGAGUGACCGAUUGCUUUGGCGCCAAGGGGAGAAUGAUUACAAACCAUGGUUCUCUUCGAAGAACACUUGGAAUCAGGUAAGAAGACAAGGAGCUAAAGUGGAAUGGAGCAAGAUACUCUGGUUCUCGCACUCUGUUCCCCGUUACUCCUUCAUUGCAUGGCUGGCCUUUCACAAUAGACUCUCCACUGGUGCUCGGACUCAAACGAAACACGGGAUCACCUAUUCUUCGCUUGUCCAUACUCAUAUACGGUCUGGACAGAGCUCACAGGUUCUAUUCUUCCUCGUCCAAGCCCAGACUGGAGCAUCACAGUCACCACACUGUUAUCGCCCCGCAGGUCUGUUACUGACUCAUGUCUCCUUCGUCUCUCCUUCCAAGCUGCAAUCCACAGUAUUUGGAGAGAGAGGAACAGCAGGAAACACACGGGGGCUCAUCGCUCAGCCCAACAACUCAUACACUUCAUCGACAAGACCAUACGAAACCGCAUCUCAUCCCUACGCUCCAAAAACCCGGAGACCUGCAGCAAACUUAUGA